ACCAAGGACCCCUCACCUAUCAUCAAAAUGGCUCGCGAACGUGGAUUGCUUAUCGUGGCAGCUGGCUGCAAUACUAUCCGUAUCGUUCCUCCUUUGACCAUCACACCCGAUGAAGCCUUUGAAGGCGUGUCUAAAUUGGCAGGUGCUGUUGAUCAAUUUGCCCACGCAUAAAUAAUUCAAAGGGCGCAUUUUUGCUUUUUCUUUUUGUAUUUCCCUUAUAUAUGCCUACGGCUACGACCACAACAGACGAAAUAAAUUUACAUAGACUUUUAAUUCAUUGUGAAGAAAAACUAAAGUCGCAGCCCGUUGACGCUUGGUCAGCUUUAGAAAAAGCCAAGUUUGCAACAUAUGUGCAAUAUUUGUCUCGACUACAAAGCAAGAUAAACAAUAAUACAGUCGUAAAAGAUUAUGCUUCUCGCAUUGCAGCAUGUUCAAAAGCAAUUUCACAAUAUAAAGUGCUACAAGUAGAUAAAGGAAUACAAGAAGCAAGACUCGUGAAAAAGAAACAUUUGGAAGAGCUCCAGUUGCUUGAAAAGCCUGAACCAGACUGGUUAAUCAAUCUAAAAAGACAAGAACAAGAAAAGGCAGAGAAAAAGGCAUCAUUUGAAAGAAACAAGACGAAUACGCCAAAGGAGACCAAAGAAAAUGAGAUACGGCAGAGAACAGGAGGCAAAAGAGACGAAACCUUUGACCUCGAGCACGUCCUUCAGCAUCAUCGACAGAUUCAUGACGAACUUACGACCGAUCUUAGUCGAAUGGCAGAACAGUUAAAGAAGAAUAGCCAAGCAUUUGGCGACACGUUAAGUAAAGAUGAGAUCGUGUUAAGAGACGCGCAAAAGGCUGUUGAGCAUAAUCUAAAGAGAAUGACGACAGAGAGACAGAGACUAGAUAAACACUAUUCUAAAUCGUGGAAGACAAGCUUUAUGACUUUUGGAGUCGUUUUGUUUGUUUGUAUCAUGUUUAUUCUUGUAUUCUUUACAAUCAAAUUCUUGCCAAAGGCGUAGCAGUUAUAGAGGGUCUUGUAUUUCGUAAAACUUCUUCAAGUAUUCCUCUGCUUCUGAAUAUUCCUUCUUGACUUGUGGUAAUAAAUCGGCAAUACGUUUUAAAGCUUCUUCUUCGGUUAGCGUAUCAUCCUCUCCUUUACGGUUACCAUAGUUUUGGAUCUUUUCACAGCUUGCUUGUACUUUUUUUAAUCCAAUGGCUGCUGAGCUACCUUUCAGAAAGUGACCCAGUCGAGAUAAUUCUGAUAAGUCCUCUUUUUUUCUAUUUUUAUAAAUUAACAAGUGAGCUAUACAAAUGUUUGUUUUAAAU